AUGCAAGGUUUUAAUAUGGGACGUUAUGUCCCGCCCGACCAGGAAGGUCUUACCACAGCCAACAAACUCGCAGGCAAACACGCACUCGGCGCUCGCGCACGCCACCUCCAAACUAAAGGCGCCCUGAUAGUGCGAUUUGAAAUGCCCUUCGCCGUAUGGUGCACAAACUGUAAACCGAACGAGACGAUUAUUGGCCAGGGAGUACGUUUCAAUGCGGAGAAGAAAAAAGUUGGAAAUUAUUAUUCGACGCCGAUCUACAGCUUUCGCAUGAAACACGCGGUUUGUGGGAAUUGGAUUGAAAUUAGAACAGACCCGAAGAACACGGCAUAUAUUGUGACAGAGGGUGGGAGGAAAAGGGACACGGGCGAGGAUAAAGAGAUCGGUGAGCCUGGGGAAAUUCGGAUUAGGUUUCCAGGAGAUCGGACGGAGGAGGAGAAGGAUGCGUUUGCAAGAUUGGAAGGAAAGGUUGAAGACAAACGACAGUUUGAAACAGCUACCACCAGAAUAAAAGAACUGCAGAAACGACAGAGCAGAGACUGGGAGGAUCCCUACGAACAGUCGAGGAGGUUACGGAGGACAUUCCGAAUAGAACGCAAACGGCUGGAGAAUAUCAGUCAGGCCAAUGAAUCGCUUAAGGAUAAAAUGAGUCUAGGAAUAGAUUUGUUGGAAGAAACGGAGGAAGAUCGCCUGCAAGCUGGCCUAGUUGAUUUUGGGCCUACAGCAUCUGAUAGUUCGACUUUGGCUACCAAUAGUCGUAACCGGCCGAUGUUUCGUGACACACCAUUCAAGAAGUCUUCGGAUGAACAGCGGAAGAAAUUGCAUGGACCACAACGGGGAAAACUCAAGGCAGAGCUGGUUGCAGCCGAACGAAGAGACUUUUUAAGUAAUGAGUUGCGGGGAAAUACUCGUGCAGUUGUGGACCCCUUUUUGAACGAGGAUGCAAAAACGUGGCAGCCGUCUGCUUUGAAAACGAGAAAGACACGGGAAAAGAAGAAUGUUCAUGGGUCAACCGAUAUCGUUGGCAAGAGGGAAGAAACAGAGCCAAACGCUACAGAUUCAAGUUCGAUAACUGACAUGACACCAGUAGCUUUGGUCACAUAUGGAUCAGAUUCAGAGUGA